AUGGAUUCUGGCCCGUCAUCAGAACCACCCUCACGGUCGCUUAAGGGCAAAGUUGCAAUUGUGACGGGAGCAGGCUGUCUAGAUGAUGGCAUAGGCAAUGGUCGUGCUAUAUCAAUUCUCCUGGCAGACGAUGGCUGCAACGUGCUGUGCGUUGAUCUAAAUCUGGAAUGGGCCAACAAGACCGUGGAGAUGGUCGCUGCCAAACCAAAUCGCGGGCGUGCAAUUUCUUUCCGCGCGGAUGUAACAUCUGAAGCAGACUGUGAAUCUGCAGUUCAAGCAGCGAUCGAAAACUUUGGUCGACUCGACAUUCUCGUCAAUAAUGUAGGCGUUGGAGGUGCUCCGGGGACGGCUGUCGACGUGGACAUGGUGCAAUGGGCCAAGAGCAUGGAAAUCAAUGUCUCAAGCAUGGUGCAGAUGAGCAAAUAUGCGAUUCCCAUGAUGGCACAAAAUGAAGGCGAGAUUAAGGGGAGCAUCGUCAACAUGGGUAGCGUUGCUGGCUUGAAGGGCGGCACUCCACAUCUACUAUAUCCCACGUCCAAAGGCGCGAUCGUCAAUCUGACGCGUGCGAUGGCGGCUCAUCAUGCUUCGGAGGGCAUUCGAGUUAAUUGUGUCUGUCCAGGUAUGCUUUAUACCCCCAUGAUGUAUGGAAAGGGGAUGAGCGAAGAAGCUAGAGAGGCUCGCCGGAAGCGCAGCCUCCUGGGCACCGAGGGUAAUGGAUGGGAUUGUGCAGGUGCUGUUGUGUUUCUCGCUGGUCCUCAUGCCCGCUGGAUGACAGGAGUCAUUCUGCCUGUUGACGCAGGGACAACGGCAGCAGUAGGGAUUGGAAUGACAAAGAGCGCAAGUGUCAACGGUUAG